AUGCCAACAAAUGGGAUCCACCAGGUCCUGAAGAUCCAGUUUGGUUUAAUCAACUCUGAUAACCGAUAUCUAACAGCAGAGAGCUUUGGCUACAAGGUCAACGCCUCAGCGCCCAGCCUGAAAAGGAAGCAGAUAUGGACCCUGGAACAGGAUGGAGACAGUUCUGUGGUCUUCCUGAAGAGCCACCUGGGUAGAUACCUGUCUGCUGACAAGGAUGGCAAGGUCUCAGGUGAAGCUGAGAAGCCAGGAAGUGAUGGGCGUUUUAUCAUUGUCACUCAAUCGGAUGGGCGCUGGGCACUCCAGUCUGAACCCUACAAGCGUUUCUUUGGCGGCUCAGAGGACAAGUUAUCCUGCUUUGCCCAAACUAUCACUGAAGCCGAGCUCUGGGCAGUACACCUGGCCAUCCACCCCCAAGCAAACCUCUUGAGUGUUAGCAGGAGAAGAUACGCGCAUCUCAGUGCCCAGGAGGAUGAGAUCGCGACUGACAGCAACAUCCCCUGGGGUGUGGACUCACUCAUCACGCUCACCUUCCAGAACAAGAAGUAUUGCCUGAGGACCUGCGACAACCGCUACUUACGCAACGAUGGGACCCUGAUCAAGGAACCUGACCCCCGUGCAGGCUACACCCUAGAAUUCAAAGCAGGCAAGCUGGCCUUCAAGGAUUGCGAUGGGAAAUACCUGGCGCCCAUGGGACCUACAGGCACUCUAAAAUCUGGCAGGAGUUCCAAGCCAGGCAAAGACGAACUCUUUGAUCUGGAAGAGAGCCACCCACAAGUAGUUUUCUUGGCCUCCAAUGGCAGAUACGUCUCCAUCCGGCAAGGUGUCAACGUCUCAGCCAACCAGGAUGAAGAGACACACCAUGAGACCUUCCAGAUGCAGAUUGACAAAGAGACCAAGAAGUGCAUCUUCCACUCCAACACAGGCAGUUACUGGACCCUGGUGUCACAUGGAGGGAUUCAAGCCACGGCCACUGAAAUAUCGGCCAGUACCAUGUUUGAUGUGGAGUGGCGUGGCCGCCGGGUGGCCCUCAAAGCGGGCAAUGGCAAAUACAUCUGCACCAAGAAGAAUGGACAACUGGCAGCUGUCAGUGACGCAGUGGGGGAGGAUGAGGAGUUUGUUCUGAAGCUGAUCAACCGCCCCAUCCUGGUCCUCCGUGGGACACACGGCUUUGUGUGCUACCAUCGCAACUCCAACUUGUUGGACGCCAACCGUUCUGUCUACGAUGUCUUCCAUAUCAUCUUCAAUGAUGGAGCUUACCAGAUCAAAGGCCUCGGGGGCAAGUUCUGGUACGUGGCCAGCAAUGGCACCGUCUGCAGUGAUGGCGAGAUGUCCGAGGAUUUCUUCCUGGAGUUCCGCGAGUGCAGUCGAGUGGCCAUUAAAGGGAAGAAUGGCAAAUACCUCCGAGGCGACCAGGCGGGAACCCUGCGUGCCGACGCCGACCUCCUGCACCGCGCCACCCUCUGGGAGUACUGA